AUGGAAGGAAAUAAGGGGAAGCCUGACUCGGAGCUGGAACAGACUGUCGACUCAACUAGUGAAAUAGAUGCUGGGAGUCCAAGAGAAAAGGAUAAAGAAGCAAACAGUAAGGGAUUGCAGAAAGGACACCAGAGCUCUCUUCUGCCUUCAACAAGUUCAAGUUCUUCACCAGAGUCCACAAGCUCAUUCCAGACCCCAGAGAAGAUGUGUGAGAUUCACUCCUCAUUGGCUGGUGCGAUUUCCCAAGGGACGCCCCAGAGGCUCUCCAGUGAAUAUACCUCAGAGGGGUCGCUCCAGUGGCUCUCCAGUGAAGAUACUCCUGAGGGGACGCCCCAGAGGCCCUCCAGUGAAUCUCCCUCGGAGGGGACGUCCCAGAGGCUCUCCAAUACUCCAGAGGAGCUCUCCAGUGAAUCUACCCCCAAGGGGACGCCCCAGGAGCUCUCCAGUGAAUCUACCCCCAAGGGGACGCCCCAGGGGCUCUCCAGUGAAGGUACCCCCAAGGGGACGCCCCAGGGGCUCUCCAGUGAAGGUACCCCCGAGAUGAUGCCCAAGCGGCUCUUCAGUCAAGAUACCCCUGAGGGGACGCCCCAGGGGCUCUCCAGUCAAGAUCCCGGUGAGGGGCCGUCCCGGCGACUCUCCAGUGACAAUACACCCCCCCAAAGCCUGUUCAGAGAUAGUCUUCCCCUGACGCCAGAAAACUCCCUAGAACACAGUCCUGUGACCACACAUUUACUUGACAUCUCUAAGACCCUAAGAGAAGCCUCGAAAAAGUUGCAACUUUUUGACACUCCACGUACCUCCAAGGCACCUACAAAAAGUUCUAAGCACUCUCGAUUUGCAAGUGCCCUAAGCUUAUCCCAGUCUUCAGCAAAACAGUUCAAUGUGAACCCCUUCACUCCAGAAUCCUACAGGAGGAUGGUCUCUCAAUCCAGUGGCAAGAGGAAAACAAGAGAGUCUGAGGAAUCUAGCCCCUUUGGAAACAAGGAAGAUGAAGGGCUGCCUGCCAAGAGACAUGUCACAGGAGAGAGGACAAAUUCCCGCUACGAAAAAGAAUUCCUGGAGUUAGAAAAAAUUGGGGUAGGAGCAUUUGGCUCAGUCUACAAGUGCAUCAAAAGGCUGGAUGGAUGUAUUUAUGCUAUUAAAUGCUCAACAAAACGUUUGGGAGGAUCCGCAAAUGAAAACUCAGCUUUGCGAGAAGUUUAUGCACAUGCAGUGCUUGGACAGCAUCCCCAUGUCGUUCGUUACUAUUCUGCAUGGGCAGAGGAUGACCGUAUGAUCAUUCAGAAUGAGUACUGCAAUGGUGGGAGCUUGCAAGCUGUUGUGUCUGAAAAUGAGAGACUUGGUCGUUUCUUCGAAGAGCCGGAACUCAAGAAUAUGCUCCUGCAAAUCUCCCUGGGACUGAAGUAUAUCCAUCAAUCAGGCCUAGUGCACCUGGACAUCAAGCCCAGUAACAUCUUCAUCUGUAGAAAAGACAAGGAUGAUGCCCCAUGUAUCCCAGAAGAAGGGGAAAAUGAAGAUGACUGGUUCUUUUCUGCUAAUGUGAUAUAUAAAAUUGGUGAUCUGGGCCUUGUGACUUCAAUCCAGAACCCCCAAGUAGAGGAGGGAGAUAGUCGCUUCUUGGCCAAUGAAAUUUUACAAGAGGAUUAUAAACACCUUCCCAAAGCUGACGUGUUUGCCCUUGGAUUGACAAUUGCUGUGGCAGCAGGGGCAAAGUCAUUACCCCGCAAUGAUGAACCUUGGCAUCAUAUCCGUCAGGGGAAUCUUCCAGAUCUCCCGCAGGAACUCUCUGAAGACUUUUACAAGUUACUUAAGUGUAUGAUCCAUCCUAAACCAGAAGAGAGACCUACGGCAGCAUCUUUAACUAGGAACACAAUCCUCAGACCUUCUUUGAGUAUGACUGCAAAGCUUCAGAAGGAACUGGUUAGAGAAAAGUUCAAGACAGCUGAGUUAGAGAGGGAACUAAAAGAAGUUCAACGUGCUCAGAGCCUUCUAGAAGAUACCAGCCAAAGCUCUCCUGGAUCCCUAGGGCUCCCGGCCACGGCACCAAGCCUGGCCCUAGGCAGCCGCUUAAUAAGUGUUAAUUGA